AUGGAUGCUACCGGCUCCCACACAGCGGCCCAGAAUGUCAACGAGAAAACCACCAUCUAUGCGUCAGGCGGCAUCGAAGCUCUGGGCGACGAAGCUCGCCCCAUCGACCCCGGGAUCGAGCGUCGCGUCCUGCGCAAAAUUGACCUCUUCCUCAUGCCCGCCAUGGUCAUUGGGUACGGACUGGUCUACUACGAUAAAGCGAUUCUCGGGAGUGCCGCGCUAUUCGGUAUGACAGCGGACCUGCAGUUGUCCGUCACGGAUACCUCCGUGACCCCGCCAGUAACUGAUACGUCGCGGUUGAGCUGGGCGACGUCUAUCUUCUAUUUCGGGCAGCUCGCCGGGUCGUAUCCGAUGACGUAUCUUUUGCAGUAUUUUAAGACGAGAUAUGUCCUUGGUCCGUCGGUUAUCUUAUGGGCGAUUGUAUGUGCGGCCACGGCGGGGGUUACUAGUUGGAGGGGAUUACUUGCGCUGCGGUUCUUUUUAGGCUUCACCGAAGCAAUCAUCCCAACAGGCUUCAUGGUAACGGUGAGCGGAUACUACACUCAGCGCGAGCAAUCGCUUCGCCAGAGCUGGUGGUGGUCCGGCACUGGCUGGUUCACGAUCAUCGGCGGCGGAUUCAACUACGGCUUUGCGCAGAUUAAAGGCGGCGCAUUGAAGCCGUGGCAGUAUAUCUAUGUGUUUGCCGGUGUGCUGACGUUCCUCUUCGGAAUCUGGUGCUUCUUUCUGCCCAAUGACCCCCUGCACGCGUGGUUUCUUACACCUGAGGAGCGUAUUGUUGCUGUUGAACGCCUGCGGGCGAGUCAGUUGGGUGUCAAGAGCCAUGAGUUGAAGAAGGGACAGAUCAAGGAGGCGCUGCUGGAUGUGCGGAUUUGGUUGAUUGCGUUGACCAUGGCUGCUGCGUAUCAUCCACUUCUACUCACACAAUUGGACUAUAGUUAUACCGUGAAUGGCGCCGUCUCAGGCUUCGGCCCCCUCAUCGUCGCAACAUUCGGCUACUCCUCUCUCCAAGCAAUCCUCUUCCAAUUCCCGCUCGGCGCAAUCUCCGGCGUCGGAAUCGUCCUCACAGGCUGGAUCUGCUCGCGCAUCCGCAACAUCCGCAUUAUACUGCUAGUGUCCUGCUGCCUCCCCGUAAUCGCCGGCUUCGUGAUGAUCUGGAAGUCAUCCUGGGGCCAUAAACCCGUUACUCCUGUCGCCGGGUACUCGCUCAUCGGGUUUUUCGGGCCUGUUGUUGGACUGACGAUUUCACUCGGUGCGAGCAAUGUUACGGGCGAGACGAAGAAGAGUUUCAUGGCCAGUGCCAUUUUUGUCGCGUAUUGUGUCGGUAAUAUUGUUGGGCCGCAGCUCAUUAAGAGUCAGCAGAAGGCGGACCAUUAUCCCGAGCUGUGGACAGGGCUGAUUAUUUGUUACUGUAUAACAAUCGCCUCUGCCUCAACGCUUGCUGUGCUAUGGUACUGCGAGAAUAAGCGGCGUGCGGCGUUGGAUCUGGAUGAGAGCGAGCGCGAUCGGCUGGCAUUUAAGGAUUUAACAGAUUGCGAGAACUUGCAUUUCCGAUAUGUUUACUAG